AUGGACGAAAUCACUGAUGGUCUUGGCAAAAGCAAGUCCUUUUCAUUUUGUGUCUAUUUCAUGCAUCAGUAUGCGACAGCAAGAAUUACUAACACUCUCGGUAACCAAAAAGUUAAUGUUUAUGACGGUACCUUUAAACAGUUAGCUUAUAACGAGCAUUUAGAUAUUACCAUUCAAAGUGGUGCUGUGAAAGGAAUGAUGGUUGGCAGAGAUAAUUCAAAUAAUUUAUUUUUUACAUUUAAUAAUAUACAAGGUAAUCACGGUUGGCAGCAAAUGGGAGAUGAGAGAGUCUUACCACCAAGAACACCAUUUGGCACUCCAUUUUUCACACCAGAAUAUACAUCUAAAGAAACCCCAUUUUCUACAGCACAUUCAACACCAUAUUUAACGGCAUUCAGAACAGCAUUUAGUACUCCUUUCAAAACAGCCUUUUCAACCCAACAUUCCACUCCAUUUUCAACACCAUUUAUGACAUUUAUAAAAACUCCAUCACAGACUGACAGUUCGCAACCAGAACCAACAUUAGAACCUCCAACUCCAUCAGUUACUUCAGAAACUGAAUCCAAAUCUUCACCAAAUCCUUUAAUCCCGGUAAGAACCAUUGAAACCACACCGGAAGCAACAUGGGAUGGUCAAUAUGACGAUCCACCAAAUGUUAUUAUUAGAGGAGAUGAUAUUCCUGAAAUUCAUGAAACUCAUCCUCCAAUUCAGACAAAUUUUAUUAAAACAGAUGUUCCCAAAAAGACAACUUACGUUAACGUAUCAGUAGGAACAAUUUUGAUCGUGGUCGUCGUAACUUUGACUGUUGUAAACGUUGUUCGUUCGUAUAAGAGAAUUAGGAACGGAUUGAAUGACUACCAAGCAGAUGAUGUCGAUGACCUGUCUAUUGAAUCAGAAUUCUUUUCUUCAUAUGAAACAGAUGAUUAUUAA